GCGGGUGUAGAUGGUGGUGUGAUUGGAGUGGAUUCUACGCGUGACUCGGAGUUGUUGUCUGAGAUUCCUGAGAGACGAGGUGGAGACAGUGGUUGGGACUCUGACAUACAGUCAUCUCUGUGUGAUAUAUCUGGUGAUUUUUCGGUUUUCCUUUCUGAUUAUACUUCUCUUCCUGUUGAGGUUCGUGCUCCCCUUUCUGUUGGCGUCAUUAUUUCUUCUUCUGAACGCUUGUGUUCAUGCGUUCCUUUGGUUGCUUCAUCGGGCACCUCUUCGGACACUUCUGUUUUUGCAGCUUCGCCGCCAACGGGAUCAGAGACAACUAAACGACUUAUUUCUCAACUACUUGCUGCACUUGACAAAGAAGCUGUGUGGAUAACAGAUUUCGAAUCGCAAAUUCUAAAAAUGGGACAUUUAAGCCUGGAUGAUAAUCUGAAUCGUCAUCUUCUGGAUGAUCACCAAGAGAUCUUAGAUAAAAUUCGUAUUCGUCAGUCUACAAGUAGAUCUAUACUAUUUCAAGCUGAACAAGCUGUUGAAGCACUACGUAAUGGAAAUCAAUCUGAAUUUAUUUGGAAACCAUUACAGUCUAAAUGUCAGGAGUUAAGAACAAGAUUAGAAGAUCUGCAAACUGAAGCAGAAAGUCGUGUACGUAUUCUACUCAAUAGUUUAGAUUCAUUAGAACACCUUACUUAUAAACUUCAAAGUCUUCGAAGUCUGUUAGAAAAUUUAGAGUCUGUACUAGUUCUCAGUGCAUCCAAUACAACAAUGAAAGGUGAAGAGAAUCAACUUGCAAACAAGCUGAAAGCUCUUAAUCAUCCAGACGAAAUAACGCCACUUAUUUUACGCUUAAAAGCUGCACUAACUGAAUCGAAUUCAGCUCACAAUAAUAUUAUCAGCACAUUACCUAGUGUAGUGCAGAAAUUUAUGGCAACUGUUUAUCGCUAUUCUGACAGUAAGAAAGCAUAUAACAACAAAUUGAAUCAUUUUACUGGCUUGAAGGGUAAACAGUAUGAAGAAGAAAUGGAAAGAAAUGAUAGGGAGUUAGAAGAUCGGAUACAGAAUACAGUUAAAGAAGCCAACAAUCGUCUUGUACAAUUACUCAGUCGUUUAGAGACACAAUCAACACACCUUAAUGAAGUUGAUGCAAUCAACAAUCACUAUCAAAAGCAAUUAUCUGAAUCAACGAGUCAAUUAGAUAAAAUUAAAUUACAAUUGAGUAAUAUUCAGAAAAGUGUUCUGCGACCUGAAGAAUUAAACACUUUAUCUUCUAAUAAGAUUAAACAAAUUAGUCAAGAACAACUGAAUAAAUUAUAUACACUACAAGGGGAUUUAAGUAAAAUUGAAAAUGAUUUAAAGACUUUGGAAAGUGUAGAUUUGCAUUCACUUAAAGAUAAGUUAACAGAAGCUAAUCUAAUCUCAAAUAAUUUAAUCAGUGUAAUUACUGAACCAUUAUCAAACUCACUGAUUUAUCAAAAACAAUUAAGUGAUCAAUGUGAACAGUUAGAAAAACAAUUUAUGAAGUAUAUUUUGACAAAUCAAACUGUUCAGGAAUGUUUGAAUGAAUUCAUGAAUCACACUGAUCGAAUUGGAGAUGACUUAUCACGUGACAGUGUCGGCGACAAGAGUAUAAUAAAGACGGAUGGACUUCCUUCAGAUUUAACUAAAUUACAUGAAACUUUAGCACACAUCAACACUAUGCAAUCUGCUUCACAGUCAAUAAGAGAUCGUUUAAAUCAAACAGUUGAAGAAGUCAAGUUAACUGAUCCUAGCAAACUUCGAGCAGUUCAAUCUGAAUUAAAACAAACUGACGUUUUGGAUAAUCGGCUUGAAACACUGAAGGAUGAUGUGAUUUCCCGUAUUUCACAAUUAAGUUCACUGAGGAAUGAGUUUGCUCAAUAUGAGAAUGAUAUAAAUGAAUUCCAUACAUGGCUAGAUCAAAUUGGUAAUCAGUUGAAUAGUCAAGCAACGGCUCACUUACCAGAAAAUUAUUUAAAACAUAAACUACAAAUGAUAAAAAUGCAAAUACCGAAUCGUCAGCUCCAUCUAGACAGCUUGCAGCAAUCAGUUGAAGCACUAGUAACUAGACUACCUGAAAGCGAUGGUGACGUAAAGUUGAUCAAAGAAAAUAUGUGCAACUUAAAUAAGCGUUGGUCACAGUUACUUGGUCUGCUAGACACACGUGAAGAUGAUUUGAAGGCGAGAGAAUCACUCAGUGACUCCUACAUACAAGCACGUAACCAAGUUCAAGAAAUGUUAUUAACUGCAGAUGGACGUUUAACCACAUUAUCAUCACCGAUUACAUUGAAUAUGAACACACUUAAUCAACAGCUUGAACGACUGAAUUCAGUACAUUCAUUUUGGGAGACAAUAAAAACACACUUAACGGAAGCGGAUCAAUUAGGAUCUGCUUAUGACACUUUAUUGCACACAUCAAGUGGAGUGGAGAAACAUUUUGGACGUGGUGCAACUUCACAUGAUCCUUAUGUACCUCCAGCGUCACGUGUAUCUACUUUCAUGGCUUAUAAAGAGAAUAAACUGAUGAAUAUAUUAAGUCCGAUGGCUAGCAGUGGAUCAAGUGGUAUCUCCAGUGCUGAUCCUAUGUGUAAUCUAUAUGAAAUUAAUGAAGUCAAUCGUGAGUUAGAUGAGCUACAUGAACGUUAUGAUCAAUUGGGAAAUUGUUUAAAUGAACGGAGGAAUGAAUUUAAAUCCAUUAUAAACAGUUUGAAUAAUUUCGAAGAGAAACGUUCAGAAUUAUUAAACUGGCUCAAUGAUCAUGUAAAAACAGUGAACAGUGUGAAUAAAGACCUGUCUUCUUUACAAUCUGUAGAUCGAGCUAUAAAUGAUUUGAAAAAGUACCGCGCUCAAUUCAAUGAACAACUGCCUAAACUCGACAGUGUACGCCAGAGUUUUUCACAUGUUUUGCAUAAUCGUGACCAUCUACCAGGUGCUGUAGAAUUAAGAAAUUCAAUGCAUUCACUUGAACAACAAUGGAAUGAAGCCGCUAAACAAAAUGACAAAUUACAACAAGAAUUGAAUAAAGUGAAACAGGAUUUAGAUGAAUUUGACAAAUUAAAUACUGAUUUAACACAGAAACUACGAAAAAAGGUUAAUCAAGUCCACGGUGUACAUGAAAAGUGUUUAACAGAUUCUACAAUGGGGAGUGAAAGUCACUUGGAAAAAAUACAAGAAUGUCGACAAGAAUUGGAUGCUAUUGUCCCGGAAUUAAAUAAAUUUAAUCGUUUAGUACAAAGUUUAGAAAAUUCCCUGCCUGAAUCUUUAAUAAAUCAGCUAGGCAUAAACAAUACAAAUGAACGUGUUCGUAGCGAAUUCAAUCAAGUAGUUGGAGAGUUGUCAAAAUGGGAAAAUGAAGCUAAGACAACAAUUGAUCCCAGCAAUCAGUAUGCACAAUUGGUUCAAAAAUUAGCCUCACAAAUGGAAAUCAUCAAGAGAGAUGUUGAAGACCUUGAAAUAGAACCUGACAAGAAAACAGUUGAUAUGAAUGAGACAAAUAAGAAGAUAGAAGAAAUGAAACCAGUUUUGGAACAAGCUCAGCAGUUGUGCAAAGAGUUGUGUGAACAUUCUGCGAAUCCAAGUGACCAGUACAAUAUGAAGACUAAGCUUUUGGAUCUUCAAAAUACAUAUGAGCACCUAGUUUAUGAGUGUCAUAAACGUGAAGGUGAACAGAUACACGGUCCUACAACACCACCAGCAACAUCUGAAAGUGAUCGAUCAAAUCAGCUAGAAAAUUUGAAUCAGUGGUUGUCACUUAAAAAUACACAACUACAAGAUAUAUCUCAUGAUGUACUAGAUUCUGGAGGAUCGCGCAUACAAAUACCGGAAAGAAAACAGAUUGAAUCUGAAUUACAAAACCUAGAAUCAAUGUCAGAAGAAUUAAAGAUAAAACAAAGGGAACUGAAGGAUUUACAAGAUAGUGUUCAAUUGGACGAGUCGCUUACACCAACUCAUAUUAAAUCUAUAGAUUCAUGCAUGAAUCAAAUGAAUUUACUACAAAAGGCUUUAACUGAACAACAGAAACAACUAAAGUCAAGAAUAAGUGAAGCCUUUCUGUUAUCUGAACAGUUAGAGCAAUUAGAAACAUGGAUAAACACUGAAGCGAUUCAAAUUCUAAACGAACCCUUCGCAACAGACGGAAACUAUUUAGAAGAGAAACCACAUCCAUGCCAAAUACAACAAGAAAAAUUACAAAAUCUUUUACAACUAAUUCGUGUUAAACAAAAUGAAUUGAACUCGUCAACUGAAAAAUUGAAUAACAUUCAAAAAUCAAAAGAUAGUGAAUCAGCACUCGACGAGAGUCAACAAAAGAAGUUGCUUAAUACCGCAAAUCUUCUACAGAUUAAGUUGGACAAACUUCAAAGUGACGUUAAUAAAAAACUAUCUCAAAUCGAUAAGAUUCAGAAGGCUUAUUCUGUUGCCCAAAAUGAAAUCGACACUUAUAAACAGUCGUGUGAUGAUCUUGAAACUCGAUGGUUAAAUCUACAACAAGUCUUAUCCAGUAUGGAAGCAAAAGACUUAUUAAAAGCAGCAUCAUCUAUAUCUCCACCAUCUUCCCCAACUCUUACGAGACCAUCUAAUCAGUUAAAACAAAUACGCAGUCAAAUGAUUGAACUACAAGCUGAAUUAUUAGAACUGACUAACUAUACGGCUUCUAAUCAAAAUUCAAAUGUAACUUUAACGCAUGAAUUAAAUCAGUUGGAAUCGUUACUUCAAUCAGUUGGUGAUCGAAAACCACAACAAUCAAUUAGUAAGCUUCUAGACGAUCUUCAAUUAACAACGAAAAGACUGGAAACCAUUGGACAAGCCUUGGAAAUGAAUUUUGAAAUGUUUCAUGUCAAGGAUAUGGAUCAGUUCUCGAUUCAUUUUAUUAAAAAAUUGAACUUCAUAUUUGCUGAGUUACAAAAUAUUCAAUCGAAUGUAAAUGAAAAUGAGAAGAUAGCUAAUUUAAAUUCAGAGACAACAAAACAACGAAUAGGAUAUUUUGAAGAAUUAUUAAAACAGCUUAGCGAUUGUAAAUUAAAUCUAAAUGAUGCUCGUAUUGAAUUAACUGGUAAAAUGACAUCAUUACCCGAUGAAAAGAAGCUAAGCCCAAUCUAUGCAAACUUCUCAACUACUCUAAAUCAGUAUAAUCUUCAGUGUAAUAAUGUGGAGAAACAAAUCAAUCAGCUAAUCGCUGCACUGAAUAGUCGAGUUAAACAAACUGAACAAUUGGCAACACUUCGUCAAAAUGUCAGUAGCUCAUUGAAAAAAGUUAGAGAAUCUCGUCAACAAUAUCCAGACAAAAAAUUCAGUCAAACAGAACUAGAUGAACUGAAUGCUGAUGUCCAAUCAUUGAAACAGUUGAGUGAAGAACUUUGUAAACCAGGAGAUAAAUCAUUGGACAGUCAGAUCAGUUCACAUCAAUUGGAGUAUGAAAUCAAAUCAAUAGAGAAUAUAAUUCGUGAUGAAUUGGCCAGUCCAUCGUCUGUUGUAGCGCCUGAUAAACAAGCUGAAAGGCUUAUAUCACAUUUACGUGAUACUCUCAUUGAGGUUCAACAUGAUCUUCACAUACUCUCUAGCCAUUCAAAAUCAGAUCUGUUUUCAGUAGAUCAAGAUGUGCUUACCUCACUACUCGAUGGUUAUUACACACUGAAUAGUCGUAUACUAGCCAGAAAUGAUAGUUUUGAACAACUAGAUAAAUUAAUUCAAUCUGUUAAUAAUGUGUCACGUCAGAAUAUAUUGAAUUCUGAAAAAGACCUGCUGAAAACUGAUUAUGAUUCUGUGCAUAAAGAGAUACAGUUCAAUUUGAAUAAGUUUCGGUUGGCUAAUGAAAGUGAGAAAUUAUUUAAUCAACGAAUGCAUGAAAUAUCAAAGUGGAUAAAACAGAAACAAGAUUAUCUAACUACGCCUUCAACAAUACAAGUGACCAAAACAACGCCUGGAAAUACAACAAUCCUAUCGGAUCUUGGUCAAGAACUAAAGAAAUUGAAAAAUUUAUCAGAGGAAAUUGAAAAUUAUCAGAAAAAUAUUGACGAAAUAAAAUUAAGCGGUGAACAGUUAUGCAAAUCAGGAGGACUUCUUGUAAAUGAAGAUUCUAUUCAAAAUCGACUAAUCAAUUUAAGUGACAUCUAUGAAGAAUUGAAAUCAGAUACUAAACGAAAACUGAUUCUUCUAGAAUCAGCUCUACCAGUAGCCCAGUGUCUCACAUCUUCUGUAAACACGCUUAGCUUACGUAUGGCAACAGCAGAAUCACGCUUAGAUGCACUACUUGAAAGUGAUGCCAAAGAAAUUUAUUCUGACCAGAUGCAGAAAUCAUUAAUAGAUCAAUUGGAAUUCGAAAUGGUCAACGCUUUAGAACCACAAUAUCAACAAGUUCAUGACUAUUGGGAUCAAUUAAAACAAAUUUGUAAGCCUAUUGAUUUAUUUACUAGCUCAUCAUCGUUGACAACAUGUCUACCUAGUCAUUCUGAUGAAAAACUUGGACAUGUGGAACAGAUUGACAAUGAACUAAAACGAUACGAGGAAUUCAACAGAAAGCUGACAGAUUUAGCCAGAAUGGUUGGUAGUAAUCGACAAAAAGCAAUACAAUUAAUGGAUAAAUUAGAACCGAAAUCUGAAUGGUUAGAUUUAGCACUGAGACGUUGGGAUCCAAAAAUAUCUGACACACCUUCAUUAGAUUGGGAUGCCUAUUUAGAUGAAAGUAGCUUUAUGAUUGAUGAACCACCAGAACAAAUGCCAACAUUGAAUUCCCUUGGUACAGAGUACCCUUAUCUAGCUGUUUUAUCAUAUCAACCUGAUAUGCUUGAUAAACUUCAUGAAAGAAUGGAACAGUUUCAGGAAAAUUGGAAAAAACGUCAAGUUGAAAUAAAUAAACUCUGUGAUGAAAUCUAUGAUGUUAUGCAGUUGUCAACAAAUUCCACGAGUUAUGCGCUAAUUACAAGUGGUACAGCUGUCACUUCACAGAAUCUCUCACCAUCUCAUAAAUCAAGCAAAUCUUUUGUACCAUUUACAACAGAUAAAUUCUAUCAUGAAUUAGGCGAUCUUGUAUCAAGUGUUUCAAAGCAAAUUAUCUCACUUGAUAACCGUCUUAGUCAAGCGGAAAUCAGAUUUGCUGAAGUUUAUCCGUUGGCUAAAUGCUUUACAAAAGAUGUCAAUGAAUUUCAACAGUGGUUUCAACAAAUUGUCUCGAAAUAUGAAGAUGUCAGUAACUUACCUCAUUCUGACGAUGAUGAUCAUGACUUUGGCGGUAAUCGAAAAAGACUUGAAAGUAUUAAGAGUCUGGAUGAAGAAGUCAACCGUCAAAAAUCUGUACUAGAUAGAAUUAUACGAACAAGUGGACCUUUGUUAUCCCUAAUCGCUCCAAAUGAAGCUAAUGCCGUCCACUCACAGAUUAAACAGAUCUGUGACUCCUACACCAAUUUACGUAAAUUAAUUAAAAGUCGAGUGAUCAACGCAGAAACCGGUUUGAAACAAUCAGAUGAAUUUGUCGAACAGUUGCAUUCAAUGACAGACCUAUUUGCUGCUAUUUCUGAACAAGCUGUUCGUUUAGGUGUACCAUUAGAAAUAACUGGUACCACUGUUAAACCAUCUAUAUCGUCACAUCAUCAAGCUCAAAUACCAGAACAGUUACUAGACCAACAUCAGGCGUUAGAUAUGCUGGGUAGAAUACAUUCAAUGACAAGUGUUCAACCAGAUCAUUUAGAGGAACAUAUAAGUGGAACUUCAGCUUUAAUGGAAGCAUUGGAAUCUCGUCUGCCUGAAUUAGAGGCUCUUACUGUAAGUAUUAGAGCCCAACUAGAAACAAAACCCACUGUCAAGGAAUCAACUAAAAAGCGUGAAUCAGGAACAGUAGAACUGAUUGAGUCAGUUGACUUAGAAGCAGACCAAUUAUUUGCUUUACAGCAUUCCAUCUUGAAGAAUGCAGAAAAACUACAAACUGAUUGGAUACACCUUCAGAAUAAACUAACUGCACGUGUCAACACAUUACAAUCAGCCUACAGAACAUCAUCUGAACAAUUUUGGCCAGUUAUAAGUGAUCUAAGAAAUAAAUUAGAUAAAAUUAAAGAAGCAUUAAACAUUAUUGCAACUGGUUGUAGUAGAAAUGAUCCGUGUACUCGACGCGACCCACUUGAUCCUAAAAGUUAUAAAGAACAAUAUCAAGAGUUAGAUGAUUUAAGAGAAGAAUUGGAUGAUGUCAAUCAACACUUGAACAAAUCAUAUGAAGCUGGACAACGCUUAAUUCGUCUAAUUAACGGUCAAUCCGAUGAUAAGCCAACCAAAGUAACUGAUAGUUUUAUUUUAAGACGAGAUGAAGAACAAGCUAUACGCAAUGAAGUUGAUUAUGCCCUGCAUGGUUUAAAAGUACAACAAGAACAUCUUGUUAAUAAGUGUAAACAUUUGACUAAAGAAUUAAAUGAACGUGAGUUGUGCGCUUCACAAUUUAAGUCUGAUUUAGAAAAUUUAUUAAAAUGGUUGUCAGAACAAGAGAAUAUCUGGGAUAAUUUCGCGCCUAUAUCAAAUAAUGUUGAGACUGUUACUAAACAACUGAAUGAAAUUGUUCAGUGGAACGACAAUUUAAUGAACAAACACGCUGAGGUAGAAGCGUUAAAUUGGUCAGCUGGAAAGCUUAUGUCUAAUGCAGAUAAUGAAUGUUUUACUUUGGAUGACACAAGUGAUGAUGGAUCAUUCCCAGUUCAACAGAAUUCAUCCUUGCAGUCUGAUUUGACUGCAGCUAACCGACGAUGGGAUAACCUACUAGAUUCGGGAAACAGUAGACGUCAUCGUCUACAGACUGUUCUUCUUGGUCUAGGUGAAUUCGAAAGUGCCAUAGAUGGAUUAGUCAAGUGGAUUCAACAAAUGCAAACAACUGUUGAUCAGAUACCUGUACGUCGUGGAAAUAUUAGGGGAUUGGAGGCUGAUUUAGCACGAAUCAAAGUCAUUCAUCAUAAUAUUAACAGUCAUCAAUUGUCUGUUGUAAGAAUACAAGAACAAGCAAGAAAACUGGAAUACAAUGAACACAAGAAGAAAGAUAAAUCGCCUGCAAAUGAUGAUAUGAACAAAGAUGAUAAGACAAAACAACAAAUUUCAGAAGCCAAAACAUUAGACCUACGAAAUAAAAUUAUUCAAAUGAAUAAAGCAUGGGAAUAUUUGAAAUUAAGUGUACGCAAUAAACAAGCUGCUCUGGAAGAAGCCUUAAGUGAGACUUUUAACUUCCACGGUCAACUGGACAAACUCAUACGCCGUACCCGCCAGCUAAAAAACCGGAUGCCACUACCAGGUGCACGUAUUAUGGGUGGUUUGCCUGACAGUGCACGCGAUCAGCUACGCCGCUUCAUGGAAGUUUAUGAUGAACUUAUUGAAGUUGGUACAGAGCUGGAUGAACUGCGUCGAAACUCAGCUGCUCUAUUAGUCAAUCAGUCUACUUUAGAGUCAACUGAUCAUUUAAUUGCAAAUCUAAAUCGCUUCUCUGAUCAUCAUGCCCAACUGGUACAACAAGCUCAGAGUAUUCGUGAGAAGAUGGAAUUAGGUUUGAGACAGGUAGAAGAAUUUCAUGAUCAUCUGUCUCAAAUGAUGCAAUGGUUAACACAAAUGGAGCGUGCUAUUAUACAACAGAAACCAGUCAGUCGAAUUGUAGCGCGUCUAUUCCAACUGAUUCGUGAUCAUACGGAACUACGUAAAGAGAUCACUGGACACCGGGAUGCCUUAAUUAAUUUAGACCGUUUAGGGAGUCAAAUUCAGUGUCAAGCACAAAAGCAAGAUGUUAUCUUAGUGAAAAACCUUUUGUCUAGCAUUCACACAAGAUGGGAGCAAUUAGUUUCACGUAGUGCAGAACGGACACGUCAACUAAACACCGGUCUUAAGGAAGCAACUAAUUUCCUUGAUAAUUGGACAACAUUAACUGACUGGUUAAAAGAACAGUUAGCUGCAUUAGAAGAAGACGGUGAUCGUGUGGCUACAAGACCAGAGAAGGUGGCUUACCAAUUAGCAUUACAUCGUGAAUUACAGCGACAGUUGAGUACACGUACUGUAACCUAUGAUGCAGUACGUCGCUAUGCUAGACAGCUACGCGAUAGAGCCCCAGUAUGUGAUCAUGAUGAAUUAGAUGACAUGGUCAGUGAACUGAAACACUUGUGGCAAGCAGUGUGUGCAAAAGCAUUAACCAGACAACGUGUUUUGGAACAAGCUCUUCUAGCGGCUGGUUUGUAUAAAGAGGCACUGGAAGCUUUACUUGAUUGGUUAGGAAAAAUUGAACCCCAAUUAGCCGAACAACAGACUGGAAUUUAUGGUGAUGUAGAUACUGUAGAGCAACUAUUAGAAUCUCAUCAUCGCUUCAAAGCUGAAUUGGAACAACGUGCUACAUCAGUGAAGUUAAUACGUCAAGCUGCCAAUGAUCUAAUGACUAAGGCUGCAUCAUCCAAUACAGAUUCUGGGAUUUCUUCAUCAACUGGAAAUCAAGCUGAUGUUAUUGCUAUGCAAUCGCAAUUAAAUCACUUAACUAAAAUAUGGGAUCGUGUUCAGAAUUUAUCUCAACGUCGAAGUGAACGACUAGAUCAAGCUUUGAAAAUGGCUGAACAAUUUCAGGAUACUUGUCGAAGUCUAAUGGAUUAUUUUGCGGGUGCAGAACGUGUUAUUCAUCGUUUAGCUGCUUUGCCUACCUUCGAUGACGAUGAAGAUCUGGAAGGUGAAACUGUUGCAACUAAUGCUGAUGGUCCACCGAUUAAUCUAACCAAUGCAAUUACCGCUCAUCAGCAAACACAUGCAAAUUUAAUGAAUCAGGCUGACCGUGUUGAAGCUGCUUUACAGUUGGGCAAUAAACUUCUAUCUCAGGCUCAUCCAGCAGCUAUGAAACGUUUACGUCAGUGGGUGAAUACUAUUCGUACGCGUUGGGAAGAGUUAACAUCUUGGUCAGAACAACGUGGAGAACGUUUACAACAAGCACUAGAAGAACAGCAUAAAAGAAAGAUUCAGUGUGACGAACUUGUGAAAUGGAUUAACUCGAAAAUUAAUGGACUGAAAAAUAUUUCAGUCUCACUGCCAGUAUCUUUAGCAUCUUCUUCAACAAAUCUACAUUCAGCAAAAAGUAAACUUGACUCUGAGGAGUCUAAUCACAGUGGACAAUCUCUGGAUAACAAAGACUUAUUCUCUGCUACACAAGAACGAAUUGCCUUAUCUUCUGCAGCCUCUUUAAUACCUGUGCCUACUGGUAGUGUUAAAACUUUAAAACAGUCUGAAAAUGUAGCAGACUCAACGUUGAUUAUCAAUGAAAUUACUGAACCUUCAAUUGUUGAACAUUUACUCCGUUUACAUGGUCAAUUAGAAGAGGAAAUCAAACAAAAGCAGCCAAUUUAUGAAGAUAUAAUCAAGCAUGCAAAACGACGUACUCCAGUCAAGUCAACAAAUACAUCUAAUACUCGUCGAGGUCGUAUGUCUAUGAGAUCUGGAGGAACACGGUUGAAUCGUACACCUAGUUCAACAAAUCAACAACAGCAUAGUCCAAUUGUAUCUAUUUUUACUUCAUCAAAUAUUAAUCAGUUAUAUUCAAGUUGGAGAGAACUAUGGUUAGCUAUGUUAGCGCGCAAAUCUCAUCUGAAUGAACGUCUUGCCUAUUUAAAUGAAAUGGAAAAAAUGAAAGAUUUUCAAUUUGAAUCAUGGCGUCAACGUUAUGUUUCAUGGUUAAGUGCAAAUAAAGCACGUGUUAUUGACUUGUUUCAUCGUAAAGAUCGUGAUCGUGAUGGUCGACUUACAAGGGCUGAAUUUAUCGAUGGUAUUAUAGAAAUGAAGUUUCAAACCAGUCGUGUUGAAAUGGAAGCAGUUGCAGAUAUAUUCGACGCCAACGGUGAUGGUUAUAUCGAUUAUCGCGAAUGCCUAAAUGCCCUAAGGACCAACUAUAUAAAUCUAGACAGAGCAUCAUCCUCUAAUACAACAGGCGGUAGUUCGUUGAGUUUGAAUCGUUUCGGUCCGUCAGAUGAAGAGACUAUUAAUGAUGAAUUAAGACGUCAAGUGGGUCUUUGUACAUGUCAUAAUACAUAUAAGAUUAGAAAAAUGGCAACAAAUAAGUAUCGGUUUGGAGAUUCACAAAAGUUAUGCCUGGUUCGUAUUCUUCGCAGUGCUGUUAUGGUUCGUGUUGGCGGUGGUUGGGUAGCAUUGGAUGAGUUCUUAGUGAAAAAUGAUCCUUGUCGAGAUGCUUGUGAACGCUUGACUAGUAUAGCUGAUCUGGCUAAAGCAGCUGGUGUUGGUAGAAGUUCCUACUGGCUUCCUCCUCCUUUCCCUCAACACUUCGCUUCUUCUUCUUCUGCAACACGAACAGCAGUAGUGAAUCCAUCUAGUCGUUCUGAUUUAAAUGUUUCUCGUCAUACACGUAAUCAUUCUGCAUUGAGUUCAAAUAGUAGUUGUAGUGGUAGUGGUGCUGGCAUUGAUUCUAGUACAAAUAGUUCUACAAAUAAAAAUCCUACUUUAAAAGGGACACAUUGUAGCUCACGUUCAAAAUCUGUCAGUAAACGUUCACGUUAUGAUUCGCAUAAUUUAUAUCAGUUAACAAUGAAUGGUCCAGGACAAGACAAUGCAUUUUACUUAGUUAUGCCAAGUACAAAACCAAACCCAACAAAUCAUAGUAACUGUAGUAAUAGUUCAAAUACGCUUAAAAGCAAACAGCGAUUAUCUAUGCGGAAAUAAUUUGUCAGCCUAUGUGAUCUUUCUGAAUGUGUACACCAUGCACAUACUUUCUGUGAUAUUCACCAAAUAAUUUCAUCCUUUUCUACAGAAUUAAUCGUCUACUCACUUUCUUAAAAAAUUUACAAUUAGCAUUUCAUACACACUACAAAAAUGAUCUUCCUCAACUUCUACUCGCCAAUAUUUUAAUUUCUUUGACGAGAUUACACCAAUCCAUCCAUUUUUACACACGCCUGAAGCCUCUUGUCUUUAUUUUUCCACUUCCCAAUGGAAAUCGACCUGUGAUCUAGACGAAGAUUUAAACAGUUCAACUGAUGGUGUAAUACCGUUAACACAAGGAAUAUCAGCAUUUCGUCGCAAAUCUUCGUCUCUAAUUAAUAAACCUUCUCAAAUGUUAUCACACAGUAGUACAGCUAGUUCAUAUGUCUCCUUGCCUGCAUCAAAUAAUGGUUUAAAUCAAACGAAAAGUAACAAUAAUGCUAAUAAUAAGCAUGGUUUUGACCGACAAACAAUGCCGACACGUCCUACAGCUACAUCACUUCCACAAUCAUCUAGAAACAGCAUACAUUUUGAAACAGUCAGUGAUAAAAGUGUAGACGAUAAUUUCCACCGAAGACGUGCAUCAGCGUUCUCUACACCAUCUUCUAGUAAUAUGACAUUAACAUUUUUAAAGGAUUUCAACAAUAAAAGAACUGGUGCUAUCCAAUCUGAUCAACUUCCUCAAAUUAGUAAGACCACUUCAAAGCUUCAACGUGACACAUCUUCACCGAAAAGUGAUGAACCGUUGACUGCUGAUUCGAAUCCAACACUAACAGCUGAUCCUAACUCUUGUGAUAUCGAUAUAAAAACAAAGGAAAACACUGUAACUUCUCGUCCCGGUUUACUUCACCUUGAUUCACGUGCGAAUAGUUCACCAAAAUCUAAAAUUCCUUUACCCCAACGCAAUUCACUAGCUGAUAGUUCAAGUCAUCAUCGAAUGGAUGAGUCAAACAACACUGUCAAUACCACUAUCAACAAUGAUGUUGACGAAAAUGACAAUAAGAAAAAGGAUUUCAAUAGUGAUAAUAAUAAUAAUAAUAAUGACGACGAUGAAUCUAGGUGAAAAACUCCUUCCUCACUUUCUUUGUUCAGUUAAAUGUAAUUUGAAAUUCACUUUGUUGUUAUUUCAUUCUUCUUUUCACUCUUAUUUUAAUUUUGAUAUAUAUAUAUAUAUAUAUAUAUUUUAAAAAGAACACUAUAUAUUUUUUGACCUCUUCCAACGACUGUGAAAGAAAGUUAAUGGUUUCUUUUUCUUUUCUUCAACAGAUAUGACCUAGUUAACAUUGAAUGCACAUAACUUUCAAUCUGUAAUAGUGAUACUGGAUAUAUAGGUGUUUACAUAUCUUAAGGAGACUUAUUACGUCUAGAAGACAGUAGUAACCUCAAUAGAUUUUAUUUGUUUUUUUUCUCUACGAGAGGAUUGAAAGUGGAUGGGUAAAUACGGGAGUGGUGUUUUCUCAACCCCCACCUCUCUCUCUCUUUGUUUACCCUUUAUUAUUAAGUAAAUAAAUUAAUAAAUAAACAUACUUUGACAACUAGUUAAUAAUACACACUUAUUCUUUUCGUAAAUAUGAAUUAUCACAUUUACUAUUAUUAAUUCACUAACCUUUAUUUGUUUAUCUUCAGUACUAUUUUCAUCCUUUCGAAAGCUAGUGUUAUUUUAUCUUCCUUUUCGCAUUCAUCAAUUUAUGUGUUUAUCAUAAUCACUGUGUGCGUUCGCUCAUUUCGUCUGUAUGCGCUUAUCAUACACAUGAUCUCAGCAUACAUACUCUCUCCUGUACUAUUCAUUUUCUAUUGUAAAGAUCCUCUUGUUACUGUUAUUCUUUGUUGCAAGUUCACAAAAUACAAUUUUAUUUAAUUUGUUACCUUACUAUAAAUGGGUAAAUAAGGUCAUUUAUAUGGGUUAGAAACUUGGCCAGGAAGAAUUAGUAACAAGAAACUCUGGGUGAGAACAACCCAACAGGCGAGAGCCGUUCGCUCAACAAAUAUUCAGGAGAAAGUGGAG